GACAGUCGUGCAACUUCUUGAGUGCAACUAAGAUUUUCCAUUCGGAAAACAACAUAUUGUUUGCUUGAAAUAUUUUAAAUUGCAAACGCAGUGCCGUUUCAAUUUCGUACGAAAAUGUUGGUCAACGAAGCCAGACAAGUUUUGAGCCGCGCCAGCUCCUUGGCGGCACGUCACCAGUUACGUGCAAUCAGCAACACAACGCAGCUGGAGCAGCAGGCACAGCCGAAGGCAGCGCAGGAGGCGCAAAUUAAAAAGUUUGAAAUCUACCGCUGGAGUCCGGACAAUGCCGGCGAGAAGCCCCACAUGCAGACCUACGAGGUUAACAUGCGCGAAUGCGGUCCCAUGGUGCUGGAUGCGCUCAUUAAGAUCAAGAAUGAGAUAGAUCCCACUCUGACGUUCCGUCGCUCUUGUCGCGAGGGCAUUUGCGGUUCCUGUGCCAUGAACAUUGGCGGCGUCAAUACCCUGGCCUGCAUCAGCAAAAUCGAUGCGACCAGCUCGAAGCCUCUGAAGGUGUAUCCAUUGCCGCAUAUGUAUGUGGUGCGGGAUCUGGUGCCGGACAUGAACAACUUCUACGAGCAGUACAAAAACAUCCAGCCCUGGCUGCAGCGCAAGAACGAAGCCGUUGAGCAGAAGGGCAAGGCACAGUACUUGCAGUCUGUGGAGGAUCGCUCCAAACUGGAUGGCCUGUACGAGUGCAUUCUGUGCGCUUGCUGCUCGACCGCAUGCCCAUCGUACUGGUGGAAUGCCGAGAAGUAUCUCGGUCCGGCUGUGCUGAUGCAGGCGUAUCGCUGGAUCAUUGAUUCGCGUGACGAAAACAGCGUGGAGCGUCUGAGCAAGCUAAAGGAUCCCUUCAGCGUGUAUCGUUGUCACACCAUCAUGAACUGCACGCGCACCUGUCCGAAGGGUCUCAAUCCUGGUCGUGCUAUUGCCGAGAUCAAGAAAUUGCUCUCCGGCCUAGUCUCGAAGCCAGCGCCCAAAUUGGAAACGGCUGCGCUGCACAAGUAGAAGAAAAUGUUAAAGUCCUAAACUCUUUGUGAAUCCGCUCCCUUAAUCAGUUGGCUUCUGGCUGAAGACUGCUUCUGCAGCGGCAGAGUUACCAUUAUAAUAACCAGUGUGCUCGCCCAGCACCAACUAUUUUUGCUUAUUAUGUUUAUAAUUUAUUUAAGCUUAAAGUAAACGAAAUAUGUUAUUACA